AUGAGCGCGUGGAACCCUGCAGCUUCGCCUCACAUGAAAGGCCUCACCUACCUGACGCUGCUCCUGGGAUUCUACAUGGCGUGGAACAUUGGUGCGAAUGACGUGGCAAACGCAAUGGGGACGUCAGUGGGUUCUGGUGCCCUGACGCUCCGCCAGGCCGUGCUAGCAGCGGCGAUCUUGGAGUUCGGUGGGGCUUUCCUGGUGGGAUCGCAUGUGAGCCACACGAUGCAGAAUGGAAUCAUCAAGGCUAAUGUGUUUGCCGGGAAGAACGCGAUGCUGUUCACAGGAAUGAUCUCCUCUCUGGCAGCCGCGGGAACGUGGCUUCAGGUUGCUUCGUACUUUGGCUGGCCGGUGUCGACGACGCACUGCAUCAUCGGAGCCAUGGUGGGGUUCGGCAUCAUCUUUGGCGGCUGGAAUGCCGUGUAUUGGUCUUCGCUGGCUCGCGUGGUGUCGUCGUGGGUCGUCUCGCCUCUUCUCGGUGCCAGCAUCGCCUUCAUCGUCUACAAGUGCAUCCGGAAGUUCGUCUACAGCUCGUCCAAUCCGGGGCAGGCAGCGUCCACAGCCGCGCCGAUCCUCGUCUUCGCGGGCGUCACCGCCUUCUCCUUCUUCUCGCUCUUCACCUCCCCGGGAGUCCUGCUCCGCGCAUGUGCGCUCUCCCUGGCGGCGGGCGCUGCCUCCGCGGUGGCCAUGAGGGCGGUGAUCAAGAGGCAGAUGGGCGAGCUGCUGGGGGAGUUCUGUGAGAUUCCUGCCAAGCAGGUGGAGGAGCCGAAGCCGGAGAAGGGCCGCGGGCCCAUGGGCACGCAGCUGCGCAUCGUGUAUGGCGUGUUUGGAUACCUGCAGGUGCUCUCUGCGUGCUUCAUGUCCUUUGCUCACGGGGCAAACGAUGUUGCCAACGCCAUCGGCCCCAUCUCUGCUGCUCUAGCCAUCCUCGCCUCCUCCUCCUCCUCCAUCCCCUCGUCAUCCCUCGCUGCCGCUCCAGUGUCUGCCGGUGUUGCCACACAGGUUCUUAUUUGGGGCGGUUUUGGUAUUGUGGCUGGUCUUAUCAUCUGGGGUUACCGUGUCAUUGCAACGAUCGGGAACAGGAUCACUGAGCUCACUCCCACCAGAGGCUUUGCAGCAGAGUUCUCAGCGGCUACAGUGGUGGUGGUGGCAUCUAGACUGGGUCUCCCGAUCUCUGCCACACACACUCUUGUUGGAGCUGUCAUGGGAGUGGGCCUUGCACGCGGUAUUGGGAGUGUGAGGGCUGAUGUGGUGAAGGAGAUUGUGGCAUCGUGGCUCGUCACGAUUCCAAUAGGAGCUGCGCUGUCUGUGAUGUACGCCUUUCUGUUCUUGAGAAUUGUUCCUGCGUUUAUGUAG